AUGAAGAACUCAUCGUCAUAUCUCAGUCUAGCUGUUUGCGUUGUCCUCACUAUCAUCCUAUUCUUCUCCAUCCAAUCUCACCAACACAUUUUCCCUCCAGUAAUAUCCAUUCCAAAUCCUAGACUAAUGAAGGCUUACAUAGCUCUGCAAGCUUGGAAACUUGCAAUGACUUCUGAUCCCAACAAAUUUACUGCCAAUUGGAAUGGUCCUCACGUCUGCAAUUAUACUGGUGUUUAUUGUGCACCAGAUCCAGAUGACCCCCACAUCUUAACAGUCGCCGGAAUAGACCUGAACCACGCCAAUAUUGCUGGAUUUUUGCCGGAAGAGCUCGGCCUCCUCAAGGACCUUUCUCUCUUUCACUUAAACUCUAACCGCUUCCGCGGUACUAUCCCUGCUAGCUUAAUCCAUCUCCACCUUCUUUAUGAGCUUGACAUUAGUAACAAUCAAUUUAGUGGUCAGUUUCCUUGCGUUGUUCUUUAUCUACCAUCACUCAAAUAUCUUGACAUUAGAUUCAAUGAGUUCCAUGGGGAUAUCCCAGAACAAGUUUUUGAGCUAGAACUCGAUGCUCUUUUCCUGAACGAUAACAAAUUUGAGUCAUCUUUGCCUGAAAAUUUGGGCAACUCUCCGGUCUCAGUGUUUGUCGCGGCCAAUAAUGACGUUAGUGGUUGCAUCCCUCCAAGUUUGGCAAAAAUGGCAGGGACCCUCGAAGAGAUUAUUCUCUCCAAUUUGGGAUUGACAGGUUGUUUACGUCAAGAUAUAGGGAUAUUAAAAGGAUUGAAAGUUCUUGAUUUGAGCUUUAACAAGCUAUGUGGACCGUUGCCAGAGUCCAUAGGAGAAAUGAGGAACUUGGAGCAGCUAAAUGUGGCUCAUAACAAAUUGAUUGGUCAGGUUGCUGAGAGUAUAUGUUCCUUACCUAAUUUGAAGAAUUUCACUUACUCGUUCAAUUACCUCUCUGGCGAGUCACCCGUGUGCCUCAGGUUGUUGGCGAAAGAUGAUAGUAGAAAUUGUAUUCCAAAUAGGUCUUUACAGCGAUCUUCAGAAGAAUGCAAAUCUCAUUACCUACAUCAGAUUAAUUGUGGUGCCAUUACGUGCUCACGCAAUUAG